AUGAUGAAUGUAACGAUCCACUUUUGGACAGAGCUCACUUAACAGCUACCACAUCAUUACCUAACAGAGGUCCAAAAAAUGCCAGGCUCAAUGGUGGAUGCUAAAGAGUAGCCUGGUUUUUUAAAAGACAAGAGCCUUUAAAAAAAGCAGUGCUUUAAUAAAACAAGCAAAUAACAGUUUGCAGAACUUUAACCUGAUUAUAAAUCAGAGUUAAAAUUAAUAUUAGUAAACAUGUUUCAAAGUAUUCGGUGGGCAUUCAAUUGGAAGGAAUGGAAUCCCAGUGAAAAGGACUUUGCUUAUGCUAUUUCUUGUAUACAGUUAGAAGAGAAACAAAGAUUAGGCAGAUUUGUGUUUCGUAAAGAUAUUAGGGCUUCUCUUGCAGGUAGAUUAAUGAUGAGAAAAUUUGUUAAUGAGUAUGAACAUAUUCCAUACUCUGCUAUAGUAUUUACAAGAGAUGCAUAUAAUAAACCUAUUUUAAAAAAUGUUUCCUCAAAUUUGUCUUUUAAUAUAUCUCACCACGGGAAUUAUACAGUUUUAGCAGGUGAAACGAGGAAUAUAAACUUAGGAAUAGAUGUAAUGAAAUUCGAGUACACUGGUGGUAAGCAAUUGCCUGAAUUUUUCCGUAUAAUGAAUAGAAAUUUUUCACCUUUAGAAUGGGAAGAAAUAAAUAUGUUCUCUAACGACUUUGAUAAAAUUAGUAUGUUCUGCAGGCAUUGGGCAUUAAAAGAAAGUUAUGUGAAAGCUAUAGGUAAAGGUAUUACAAUUGAUCUUAGAUCAAUGUCUUUUAAAACUAAUUCAGAACUCAUGGAAAAUUCUGUUACAACUGAUACUGUUUUAUACAUAAAUGAUGUAAAACAAGAUUGGUUGUUUGAGGAAACAUUAUUGAAUUCCCAACACUGUGUUGCUAUAGCUUUGCAAAAAAAUGGAAAAGCACCAAACUCGCAAAAGAAAAUAUUUGAAUAUGUAAACAGUGAUACACUCUUAGCAAAUGCUAUUCCAUUAUUUUCACAAGAUCCUAAAUAUACAGAAGAAUAUUUCAAAAAAAAGGAACAUCCAUAACUUUAAAUUUUAUAUAUUGUUACAUUAGUUUUUUGUGAGUAAUGCUUUUAUGUAUGCGUAAUAAAGAUGUACAGAUAUAACGGUUGCAUUUAGUUAGUAAAUUUAAUAAAUAUAAUUAGAAAUA